UUUUAUCUUCUGUCAGAUUUCCGACAUUCGACGGAAUUCAGAAUUCUACAAGCUGGAUAAAUUUUUUUAAUUUUAGUUAUUUUUGUUUAAAAUAAAAUUAACUUACAAUCAUGAGUGGUGAUUUUGAACCUUUGGAACCAAGUUUAAAAAAUAUUAUUGAACAAAGUUCAUUAAAAUGGAUAUUUGUUGGUGGAAAAGGUGGUGUUGGCAAAACAACAUGCAGCUGUAGUUUAGCUGUUCAGCUUUCGAAAGUACGAGAAUCAGUAUUAAUAAUUUCAACUGAUCCAGCACACAACAUUUCAGAUGCAUUCGAUCAGAAAUUCACUAAAGUUCCGACUAAGGUUAAUGGAUUUAACAAUUUGUAUGCAAUGGAAGUUGAUCCAAAUGUUGGUCUCAAUGAGCUUCCUGACGAAUACUUUGAAGGAGAAAAUGAUGCUCUUAAAUUAAGCAAAAGUGUGCUGCAUGAAUUUAUUGGAGCUCUUCCUGGUAUAGAUGAAGCAAUGAGCUAUGCAGAAGUCAUGAAGUUGGUAAAAGCAAUGAAUUUCUCGGCUGUUAUUUUUGAUACUGCUCCAACAGGACACACUUUGAGAUUGCUUUCAUUUCCACAGGUCGUUGAAAAAGGACUAGGAAAACUUAUGCGAUUAAAAUUAAAAAUUGCUCCAUUUAUUUCUCAAUUUGGAUCGCUUCUUGGCUUACAAGAUUUCAGUGCUGAUGCUUUGACAGUAAAACUAGAUGAAAUGCUUACCAUAAUAAGACAAGUUAACGAUCAGUUUAGGGAUCCAGAUCAAACUACAUUUGUUUGCGUUUGCAUUGCCGAAUUUCUUUCUUUAUAUGAAACUGAAAGGCUUGUACAAGAGCUUACAAAAUGUGGAAUCGAUACUCAUAAUAUAAUUGUCAAUCAAUUGUUGUUUAAAAAAACAGAUCAACAACCAUGUUCGAUGUGUGCUUCCAGAUAUAAGAUUCAAGAAAAAUACUUAGAUCAGAUAGCUGAUUUAUAUGAGGACUUCCAUGUUGUGAAAUUACCGCUUUUGGAAAAAGAAGUACGAGGUGGAGAUAAUAUAAAAAAGUUUUCUGAAAAUCUUAUUCAGCCUUAUAGUCCUAACUGAUGCUAAUUGUGAUUACUUGGUGUUAGAAAUAAAUUCCAUUUUAAUUUUUCUAUGCUUUAAUUAUUAAACAACUAUUGCAAUAUAUCACCAAGCAAUUAUAAUACAUAAUAAAAAUUUAAAAAAAAAACAAUCUUAUGUACGUAAAAAUAUUCAUGUUUAUAGAUUGCAAUUAUAAUAUUUAACAUAGUUAACACAAGUUAACAAUUAUAACAUUAUAUGAUUAAAAAAAAUUUCUUAAUCGGUCAGUCAAUAAGAACAAAAAAGAAUA